AUGGAUUCUAUGAUCUCGUUAUCAGAUAAGGGAACUAGUCCUAUGAAAUUCAAUAAAAAUUCAAGUUCCAAAAAUUAAGGCUCAAUUUUUCUUAGAUAAUCAACGUAAGAGUCAGUCAGUCCAAAUCAAGCUUAAAAGCGAAGAGUUCAUGAUUCAUUAAAAGAGUUGGGUAUAGAAAAUGAUCCUUAGGUUAUCAGGAACAGCAGUCACCAGAUUAACAAAUUGUGGAGUAUGAGCAAACUAAAUAAUUAAAAAGUUCAACAGUAAAAAUUUGAGUAAAUUACAAAUUUCAGAUAGUAGAUAAAGUCUAACCCUUCUAAAAUAUUAAAUUCAAAUGGAGGACUAAGUGUAUUAGAAGAUCAAAUAUCUAAAAAAAGAAUGCUCUCUAACUCUAAAUUAGUUUCGUAAUAAUGCAAAAGAUAGAAAAAGCAAAGGCAUAUUUUGGUAAACCUCCCUUUGACCAAGCAAUCAUCAAUGCUUUCAUUAAAAUUAAAGGAAUAAUAGACCUUGACUUUGAAAUAGCAUGAUAAGCUAUCUAUAAAAUCAAGCAAUACUCCAUAGCAGCAACCAAAAAUACAAGAUAAUGUAGAAAUUCAAUUCUUUCAACCAAAACAAGAAACUCCAAAAAUUUAAUUAGAAAGUCUUAUACCUUCAUCAAACUAAAGUCUGCUUAAAAAUGAAACACUAUAAACGAAACUACUCUCCACUGAACAAGUUGAGGAAUAAAUUCACCAAAGAUUAAAGUCCAGAUAGCUUAAACUUCUCAAUACUAAAAGUAUGAUUGAAUAAUAGUAUAAAAAGAAGACAGUACAAGGAGAAGAUUUCUUAGCUAUUACAUCUGGAUUAAAUUCAAUAAAAUCCUCUUCAGUACUUCUCAAAGAUUUCAACUCGAAUUCAUCAGUUCUAAAACCUAAAAUUAAAUAUAAAUUGAGAGCCUAAUCCAUUGAUAAUGAUAGUGUAGAGUAGGAUAAUGAACCUAAAGUUUUAUGUAGUGGAGUGUUUUGCCAUGAAGAUCAGUCUGUUAUAAAGCCAGGAUAUCAUUAUGAUACAGUAUUUAGCUAAUAUAUUUUCCUUAAAGAUAAAAAGCGAAUCUAAGAACCUCUUUCGAUUUUAGCAUAAUUGAAUAAAGAUUACUACUUAAGCUAGCACUAGAUAGCCUAAUAAAUGUUUGUUGUCUCAGGAGACGUAGAAGAAGCAGAUAAAAACAAUACUGAUGAGAUUCAUAAGACACAGCAUCAUAGUUUGCAUAACCUUCCUGAAAUAUCAAAUUAAAAAUUUAAUUUCUACAAGAGUGCUAUGAUCAAUCAAUACAAAGAAGAAUAAAAGAAAGUAGUGAAUGAUGAAGAGAAAAAACACUUUUUGGAGAAACUUAAGAAUGCAGAGCCUAAGAAAAUAAAAUUAUCACGAAAAUAAAAGAGACUAAACAGCAUUGUGACAUGCAUGGAAAAUAGAGGAAUAAAAUACCCUGAUAACCGUAAAUGGAUUGGUCUGAGAAGGAUCUUAAGUGAUCAUGAUGAAACAACAUUUGGUAUUUAAAAGAAUUCUCUUGAUUAACUAAGAAGGUACUUCACUCAUACUCACACAUUUUUUGUUGAUAAUUAAUCUUACGAUGCUGAGUUAAGUUAUGAGUAUGAUCAUAAGUAAUCCAAGUUUAUUUCUAAAGAGAAAUCUUUGAUAAUGAAACUUGGAAAAUCAGAUAGUAAUUGGAAGCUGAAAUUAGACACAACUCACCGCAAAAAUUUAAUAGAUAAAUUUUCAUCCAAAGAAUACCUCAAAGAUGAAAUAAUGCUAUCAGAGAAAUAAUCUAUUGGUUUAGAGUUUCUAAAAUUUGACAAUGAUCUAUAUUAAAAAGGAUCAAUUGAAUUGGCUAUUCCUGAGGGUUUAGGACAUUAUCAUGGGAUGCCAAGCUUCUUCAAACUUGAUGGCUUUUUAGCUAAAACAUUAAGCAUUAUUCCAAACAAACUAAAAUUGACUGGAAUUUUAUAAGGAGGAUUUGUUAUACCCACCUUGGGAUGCAAAAAAACAACAAUAAAUGAUAGAUUCUUCUUGACUAAUUCUUUCGGAUAUACUCAUUUAGGCCAUAUUUACCAUUCUAAUAGCAAUGCAGUAAUUUAGUAAGAUGAGAGUAGCAAUUAUAAGAAGAAGAUUACGGGAGAUGAUUUAGGGAGCAAUUAUUACAGUCUAAUCUAGACAAGGUUGGAAUUUUUAGAUAUUCCAUUCCUCAACUCUUUUGGGAUGAAAACUUUUACUUACUUAGAGGCUGCAUUUUAUCCACAAAAUUAAAUUGGAUAAGAAAUGAAUAUAGCCAAGUAAUUGAUGAAAUUUACAAGAUUUUCUGCUGGUUUUGGCUUCUCAAUGCCAAUGAAUUAAUAAAUUAGCAUUCUAUUGUUCUAUAAUGCAUUUAAUUUCAAUUCACAAAAGGGAGAUUUCGAGAGGAAGGGCUUUAUAAAUAUAAACAUUGGAUUCUUUUGA